AUGGCAGCUCCUUUUAGUCAUAAUCCAGUUUUUCAAUAUACAAAUCAACGGAAUGAGCUAACUAAUGAUGAUCAAACUCAACCAGAAGAACAUUCAAGAACCAAUACCAAUACCACUGAUCUAUUUGACAGAGCUAGUCAUUUCCCAGAAUUUCCUCCUGGUUACAACCCUGCUACUACUAACAACGAUCAAAUACCAGAAAAUCCCCCUUUCCAACAACACACCAAUCUAAUGUCAUUGAUUAAUUAUCAACAACAACCUGUUGUAAGAGAAAUUCAACCUGCUAUAAUAAGAGAAGACUAUCCCUUUUUUAGAGAAGGUCAAAAUGUUGUGACGGAAGAUUUUUCAGUUCCUAGGGAAACUCAACGUGCUAUUAGAGAAGGUCGUAGAAUUCUAAGAGCGGAAAAUCGUGCUAUCAGAGAAGGAAUUCUUCUUAAUAAUGGAGAAAAUGUCAAUAUUAAUAAUGUUACAUCAACAACAAGUUCAUCAAAUCUACAACCAAAUUCUCAAAGUGUUGAAGAUAAAAGAUGUUGGAUUUGUUACGGAGAGGAGAAUGACAGUGUUGGAAAAUGGGUUAAACCUUGUAAAUGCUCUUUAAUAUGUCAUGAAGAAUGUUUGUUGAAUUGGAUUAAUGAAAAACAAAGAAGUGCGGCUCUUAGGAAGAUGUCCACAAUAGCGUAUGCAAUGGUAACAAUGCUUGGUCUUGAAGAUGGUCAGCGUUUUUUGGAGGAACCUUGGAAUUGGAGAACUUAUAUAUCUCUUCCAUUAAUACCAAUGUUAUUAAUCUUUUCAAGAGCUCGCAUUGCAGACCCAGUUAUGCCGCUUAUUCCAAUGUUUUUGGUUAGAAUGGAUCAUCUAAGAAUGACAAUACCACCAAAUCCAUCCCUUACAAUUUCACUUUUACCAUGGAUUAGAAUUAUAUACAAUUGGACAUAUCAACAGCUAUUUGGUAUGAUGGAGAUAAAUUGGAGAAGACAACUUGAGCCAUAUGUUGUUUUAACAGAUAAUGUUAAUGAAACUGGAGGAGAAAUCGGUAAUGGUAACAAUAUACAACGUAGAAAUGAUCAAGAUAUGUUAGAUCGUUUAGAUAGAAAUUACGCGGGUAGAAAAAUUGUUGGUGCUUUAUGUUUGCCAUUUAUUUCAGCAAUUGUUGGAGGUUUGUUAGGUAAAUUCUCAUUCAUUCGUUCACGAAUACCCGAUGCAUUUCAUCGUAAUAUACUUGGAGGGUGUUUGUUUAUUGUUUUAAAGGAUAUUGUAAGUCUCACAUAUAAAUAUCAAAGAGCCACACAUCGACGUUCGCGUCAUAUUAGAAAUUAUACGGAAUUUGCAAAUGAGGAUAACUCUAGAUAA